AUUGGAGGAGAAAAACAGCGGGCGUCUGCUGUGACAGUCGCAUAUUCAGAGAAGCGUCCGACGCGGCGGUGGUGAUCAGCAAAGUUCCCUAAAGCAAUGGCCUUGUCGUCUCAGUCGUCUCAGCUGGAUGCAACAGCUGUAGAAAAUUUUCGAGAGUAUUUAAGAAUACCAUCGGUACAACCGGACGUUAAUUACGAUGCCUGCGUCGAGUUCUUACACAAGCAAGCAAAGUCAUUGGACUUGCCAAUUAAAGUAUACCAUGUACAUCCAGGAAAACCCAUCGUGGUACUCACAUGGUUGGGUACACAGCCAAAUGAACCUGCAAUUCUCUUGAACAGUCAUAUGGACGUAGUGCCAGUCUUUGAGGAUAAAUGGACAUAUCCACCAUUCAGUGCACAUAUGGAUGAACAAGGAAAUAUCUAUGCACGUGGUAGUCAAGACAUGAAAUGUGUUGGAAUACAAUAUUUGGAAGCUGUGAGACGUAUGAAAAUGUCCAAUCAACGUUUCAAGAGAACCAUUCAUAUAUCUUUCGUACCCGAUGAAGAAAUUGGUGGUAAACUUGGUAUGAAGGAGUUCGUUCAUACGAAUGAUUUCAAGGCUUUAAAUAUUGGAUUUGCACUCGAUGAAGGAGUUGCUUCUCCUACUGAAACGUUCCUCAUGUACAACGGUGAAAGAUCUAUUUGGCAUGUAGAAGUACAUUGUACUGGAAAUCCAGGACAUGGAUCAUUAUUAUUAGAUAAUACUGCUGGUGAAAAAAUACGAGUUAUAAUUGAUCGAUUUAUGGAUUUAAGAGCUGCGGAAAAAGACAAAUUGAAAGAUACUGAAAAAUAUCAAAUUGGUGAUGUUACAACCAUUAAUCUCAAUCAAUUGAAGGGUGGAGUACAAACAAACGUUAUACCAAACGAAUUGAUCGCCAUAUUCGAUAUAAGACUUGAUCCAUCCGUAGAUCACGACGAAUUUGAAGCUAAGAUCAAGAAAUGGUGCGAGGAAGCUGGAGAAGGUGUAUAUUACACGUUUGAACAAAAAAAUCCAAAAGUUGAGAACACCAAAUUGGAUGAUACCAAUCCAUAUUGGAUUGCAUUUAAAAAGACAUGCGAUAGUUUGAACAUAAAAUUAAAAAUUGGUAUUUUCCCGGGUGGAACUGACAGUCGUUAUGUAAGAUCUGUCGGUAUACCAGCAAUUUGUUUCUCACCAAUGAAUAAUACAAAAGUACUUCUUCACGAUCACGAUGAAUAUUUAAAUAAAGAUAUAUUUUUACGGGGUAUACAAAUAUAUAUGAAAAUAAUACCAGCCGUUGCAAAUGUUUAAUAAGUGCAAUAUCGAACAAUUAAAUGAUAUAAUAAGGUCGCUGAGAAAACUAUAUUCGCGAUAUAUGACAAAAGUGCAAUAUAACAAGUUACCAUAUAAAUAUAU